CUCUCUUUCUCGGGCUUGUUUCUUAGUUGGUAAGGUUUUGGUGGUGUCACUCACCUACAGCGUUUGAUGAAUUGCCUCGUUUCACAAGAAAAGCAUGAGUGUUCCACGUGUAUAUAUUUAUACCUGCAUCAGGAGAGUCGUCAUCUCCUGUGUCAUCAUUUGAUGUGAAAAAAUUUGGGCUUCUGAAGCAGUAGGUUUGAUAGGGUUUUAUUGUGGUAGUAGUCUUCGUUUGCAAGGAGAUAAUGGAGACUUGAGAGUGGGCAAGCAUCACAUGGACUUCACUGUCUGAAGCUUCUGUGAAGAGAGCCAUCGACUUUACCUCCUGCGGGUGGCAUGAAAACAGAGAGGUUUCUGAUACCAGGUUGAUCGUUCUUCGUUGGAAGACCAGUAUUUAGGAUGGGCUUGAGAAAGUUGUGUCAGUCUGCAGUGCUUCUAUGUUCCUUGGUUGCAAUCUUAAGCUGUGGUCUCGCAGAAGUCAUGGCACAAACGACUCUGGAGCUGGAUACAAUCUCUGGCACUGGUACAGAAGAAAGAAUUUUGGUUGAUGAGGGAAACACUACAGGACUUGCAAGCACAUUAUCUGCAAGGACAGAAAGAGUUGAUCCUUUGGAUAGCUUCAAGAAGUACAAAGGUGGCUAUAACAUUACAAACAAGCAUUAUUGGAGUUCUACAGUUUAUACAGGCAGAUAUGGAUAUAUAAUUGGUACAAUAUGGCUUGUUGGUGGUCUUGUCUCUGCUUGUGUUCUGCGUAUUGCAACAAAGACUUGUUCGGUCCGUAAGGAAAGGAAGCAAAAGAAGAGACUCCCUUGCUCUAAGAAAUACUGUGUGUCGCCAAUGUUAAUUGGGAUCUUGUUAACAUGUCUAUCAUUAGUGGCAUCAGGAAUAGUACUUGGUGGUAGCUUUAAAUUCUAUUCUAGAGUGAAAUCAAUUGAGAACAUCAUUGUAGAAACAUCGGAAGAAGCAUCCCAAACAAUAUACAAUGUGACAGAAGCUGUGGCGGCCAUGGAAAGUGUCAACAAUCUCUAUGGUGGGAUUGAAGAAUCCAGCAAUCUGAAUUCCACAUCACAGAUGCUCUAUGAUGAAGCUGCUAAUAUACAAAGACAAGCAGAGAAUAGAAUGCACCUGGUUAACAAGGGUAUCAAAAUGUUGAAAGUAGUGACCAUCUUCAGCAUUGUGCUAAAUCUUAUUGCCGUGUUGGUAGUGCUGGCAUUGAGGUCUCUAAGGCUUUACCAAGCAAUGUAUCUGUUUAUCACCCUUUGCUGGCUACUCACAUUCUUUUUCUGGAUAAACUUUGGGCUGUAUUUUUUUCUAUACAAGUUUUCUGGUGAUACCUGUGCAGCUCUUGAUGGGUAUCAGCUAAAUCCCCAGAAUAGCACCUUAAGCUCAAUCCUACGGUGCAGUGAGCAUCUGCCAUCCAAUUUUGGCCUACAAGACAUCCGAGCAGGAAUCCAUGAUACAAUUGACCAGGUAAAUUCAAACAUAUCGACAGUGAAGUCAUCAAUUCUUCCAGAUCUGGAGUACAUAUGUAAUCCUUUUUCAGGACCUCCUCAGUAUUCUUAUCAGCCAGACAAUUGUUCUUCCAACACAAUCAAAAUAGGAGACAUUCCUGAGAAAUAUACCUACUCCGCUAGUGAUGAUGGAGCUCGCAGUCAAGGAGAAUUUGUAUCAGAUAACAACUACACAAGAGUGCUAGUUUACUCCAUGCAGAAGCUUCUUGAUGGAUUUCCUCAUAUGGGAAGAUUGGCAAAUUGUCAAUUGGUGAAGGAUGCAUUCUCUAAAAUCCUUUUGAAAGAAUGCAAACCAUUGAGAAAUUACGCACACUUGACAUGUGCAGCCUUGGCAGUUCUAUCGGUGAUCAUGGUACUUCUUGUUUUGAUUGUGACAUCAGAAGCUCAUCAUGAUUAUAAAUAUCAUUCUUCUGAUGGCUCUGUAAGACCUCAUUUAGCUUAUGCAGAGAGAUCUUUUGACACAACAGAAAUGGCAAUCGAAAAUUUUGAACUAAGAUUGUAAGCAAAGUGAUCCGAUUUCUUAAAUAUAUCAUACAGGCAGUCAGACUAGGAGAUAAAGGAUGAUCAAAGCUGAUAUUAGUGAGAGAUAUUUCCACUUUCAUAGCUGGUUAGUAUGAUAAUGAGACACCAUGGGAGUUGAGAAAGGAAUCAAGAAGGAUAAUUUUGUUUCUCUUUUACAGUAAAAAUUUGUCUUUUGGAAAUUGCAAAGAACAUCAAAAGCUCAAAGUGAAUGAUAUGGCCUGUCAAGUGACCUUAUUCUCAAUGUGAAUGACCACAAAUUGGCUGUAGAUCUGUUUGUGGCCAACUUGGAGGCUCAUUGAGAUUCACCAAAAAUUCAAAAUCCAGUUUGAACAACAACUUGAUGUUCUAAAUUGCACUUAUAUAUGCUUUCCUUUUAAGAAAAAGAAAAUUCAACCAGGAAGAAAAGGAAAAAAAAAAUCUUCAGC